GUCAUCAGCCAAUAGGAGCUCGCCGCUUGGCACGUCCGUGUUGCAGUGCUGUCAACUCGGAUUUUGGUUACUUUGAAAUCUCUUCGUUUCUUUUAAUGUAAAAUCCCUUCCGCGCCGUUUGUUUGUUUGUUUGUUCGUCGUCGUUUAUUGCUUAACCGCCGACGUCGCCCCGCGUGGAAUUGAGAGAAAGAUGCCGAGGGUCGCGCUGAUCCUCGCUUUUAUUUUCGCGGCGUCCGCGGCCGAAGUGAGACGACCCCGAGGUGUAUCCGUGACGAAGCGUCCGCUUUAUGAUGAAACCAAGGACUUCACAUGCCUUGAUGGCUCCAAGACCAUGCCCUUCGACCGUGUGAACGAUGACUACUGCGACUGCAAGGAUGGCUCCGAUGAACCAGGGACGUCGGCGUGCCCCAACGGAAACUUCCACUGCACCAACGCGGGCUAUCGUCCACAGAACAUCCCCUCCUCGCGCGUCAACGACGGCAUUUGCGAUUGCUGUGACACCACCGAUGAAUACAACAGUGGUGCUGUCUGUGAGAACACGUGCAAGGAACUGGGACAGAAGGACCGAGAGAACAUGGCCAGGCAGGCGGAGGUGGCGGCCGAGGGCUUCCGCAUCAAGCAGCAGCUCAUGGAGGAGACGAAACGCGGCAAGGAGGAGAAGCAGAAGAAGUUGGAGUCCCUGAAGGACGCGAAGCAAGCUUGGGAGGACAAAGUGCACGCCUUGCAGCAGCAGAAGGAAACCGUGGAGUCGCCGGAAAAGGAAGCCAAGGAGAGACAUCAGGCAUCGUGGGAAGAGUUGAAGGAAGCGCGACGCAAGGAGGUGGAGAAGGAGAAGGCAGGAGCAGCGUUCUCCAAACUUGACGAAAACUCGGAUGGGUUCGUGUCCGUGCAGGAGUUACAGGCCCACAAAGAGCUGGAUGCAGAUGAAGACGGGGAGGUCACAGAGGUUGAGGUGCAGACUUUUCUGGGAGGAGCUGAGACGGUGGACCUGCAAGGAUUUGAGGAGUCUGUGUGGGAGGGCAUCAAGGAGAAGCUGAGACUGGAGGGCGACGUGGGCGAGUCGCCGCCUCCGCCGCCCCCCGCGGCGCCCGAGGAAGGUGCCGAGCCCUUCCCGGACCUCCGCUACGACGAGGUGGACGACGAACCCAGGGAGGACGUGGAGGACGACGUGGACGACGAUGUGGACGACGAUGUGGACGAUGAGGUCGGCGACGAGACCGACGAGGACGACGCGCACCACGUGGAGGACGACCUCAAGGAGCGAGACGCCCAGGGAGACAAGCAGGACACGCUGGACGAUGAAGACAGGAUGCCUGCGUUCGAUCCGGACACACAGGCACUCAUUGACGCUGCGGACAGGGCACGGGAAGACCUACGGAUAGCAGAGAAGUCACUCCGAGAAGUGGAAGACGACAUCAGGAGCCUGGAGAAGGAACUGGGUUUGGACCUCGGGCCGAAUGGCGAGUUUGCGUACAUGUACGGCAAGUGCUUCGACAUGACCACCACCGAAUAUGUCUACAAGCUGUGCCCGUUUGACCGAGUCACACAGAAGCCCAAGAAUGGAGGCAGCGACACCAGCCUUGGGACGUGGGGCUCGUGGGUGGAGAGCGACGGGAAUAAGUACGGCUCAAUGAAGUAUGAGCAUGGCAUGUCGUGCUGGCAGGGGCCCAACCGCUCCACCAAGGUGAAGCUGUCUUGUGGAAAGGACACGGUGGUGGUGUCCACGUCGGAGCCGUCGCGCUGCGAGUACCUGAUGGAGGUGCAGACGCCAGCCCUGUGCCAGGAGAUGACGGGAGACAAGUGGGCCGACAAGCACACGGAGCUGUGAUGCUUCUCUUGAGGUCGCUGGAAGGGUCCGCACGUGGGGAAGGUGUCGGUCGUUUUUCUUUUCCAAGGCAACUGAAUUGUCCCUCGUUCCACUGUGAUUCAUGUUCUCUCAUGAUACAAUUCUACAUCUCGAGCGACUGGUCACCACAACGUCAAGUCCAUUGCACUGAAUCGAGCUGCUAUGCUCCACACGACAAGUCAGCCGACCCAAGUUACCAUUUUCCAAGUGUUUUUUGUUUGUUUUUUUAGCACACAGGCCAUGUUUAUUUGGUCAAAAUAUGUCUAUACCGCUUUUGCUGACUUAAUUGUGAAGUAAGACAAGAAAAAAGUCAAUCGCUGAAACGAAAAUAAAUUGUGUUUUCGUCAAUUCGCCUGGCGCACUUGUGUAAGUAAUUGAGACCAGAAUGACAGUGGUUUUGACUUUCACCGAGUCACAGACUACCACCGUAAGCCAUUGGUUGCCCGCAUGCUUUGGCGGGGGAGGCCACGGAUAUGCACACAACACAAACAAUGUGGAUUGCAGCGGUGUUGAGUAAUAAAUGUUCAUGAAGAUGCCUUAGCAUUGCCUAAGAUGGUGGAAUCUUUUUUUUACGGUACUAAGUCAAAACAUUUUGCGCCUCUGUUCUCUCCAGCAAGUACUUGGCGGGAGCAGGGGGGGGGGGGGGUGGUGCUGAUGCUCAUCUUCAUCGGUAGCCUCCAGCCACUGGUGGAAAUCCCACAUCACAAUGUUGGGGUUCAGUCUCAACCAUGGGAUGCCCACUAUUGGCUUUCCACAGAGCAGUACUUUGUUUUAUGGAUCCCUGGAUGGAUGAUGGGUUGUUAUCAAUGCUCGAUGAGGAUUUGAACUUGUGACCUUAGGAUUCUUGGUUGAAUUCUGGAACCCCCACGGCGCCUUUCCAUUGGCCAAAUAUUUCAAAAGCCUCUUAAAGUGCAUGAAUGACUUACGGCUUCAAAUCAUGGUGAGAGUUUACACAUUUACCAUCAGGAUAAUUUUCCAUUUAAUUCUUACCUCAUCAGCAUUAUCACCAUUAUCUUCCACCCUUCGCAUCCCAUCAGCAUCUUAGAUCCAUCCAUCCUAUCUUCAUCAGCAUCUUCUUCCGAUGUCAGUAAUGUUAGCACCACUUUUGUGAUCCUCUACCACUUGUUGGGAUAAAUACAAAUUGGAUGGCUUACGGAGGAUCUCGUCAUUGGAAUAUGGAAUUUCCACCACUGGCUCAAGACCACGAACUUGCCGCUACGCUUUUGCCCAGAGCUCGUUGAAAAUCGACAGCGAUCAGAUGGCCCAAACGUCCGAUCGUCCCCCGUCGGCGAAUAAAAACUAUUUUUGUUGUUCAUUUAGUGAAGUUGUAAUCGGCCUGCGUGCAGUCCACCCAGAUCGCCGACUAUUCAAUUUUGUCACGGCGUAAUGAAGACGUGUAGGGGCAGGCGUGUGGUUUUUUUCCCCCCUUUUAAAGAUAAUGGUUGGACCUGCAAUUCCUAAACUUGCAUUCCUUUAAUUUUGGGGUUCAUGUCGCACAUCUGUUGAUGAAAAAAAAAUCAAAUUUCGGAUCACUUUGCAGUUUUACCACCCCCUUGAAUAUCCUGUGAACUCUUCGGUGCGGGGCUGUGUUUUGCGAAUGCUUUUUUUCUGGCGUGCGUGUUCUGUUCACGUGCAAUCCAAUUGUUUUGUCGGGUCCGGGUAUCGAUCUGGCACUGGUGUAACUCUGUCGUCCGUUGAUUUGUGGAAUAAAAGUCGAUGCUGGUGGGGUAAUUGCUCCAGUGAAUGUU